ACUCAACCUCAGCUACAAUGGUGAGCUAGCUAAGAGAAUGGCUGACAUUGUGACCAGAGAACUGUGUGAAGCGAUCAGACACAACCACCUCUUCGUACAUGAGGAGCUAGUGAAGAAGAAGAGCACUUUCUUUGGGUACAACUUCAGAGAAUGUUCCAAGGAUCAUCUACAGGAUGGCAAGUUCAGCUCCGUCAGGCACAUGUCGGAGGGAGCCACUCCAGUACAGAUAGACCCCAUCGCCCCUCCAGUCGCCACCUACACUGCCCAACUAGUUUCACCCGGCUGUGAACCUCGCAUGGAGCUUAUUCACUUCUGGAAAGAACCUAAAAUUGGGAUAGACGUGAAACAACAGAUUCAGCUGAUACUGAAUAUUCCAGUCUCCACCAUCACCCUUCGCUACAAUGGCAAGCUCAUCCUUGACCCUACACUGCUGACUUUUGUGGGUGUCACAAACAAAGACACUAUCGAGGUCCAGUACGACUCAGAGGCGGACAUCGAGGAGGUAUAUGCUGGUUAUCGUUGGUUCGAUUACAUCCACAGACUCAGCACGGGGAGGCGAUGCUCUGUCUGGGUAGGUCUUCCUGCCGAGAUGGAAUAUAUCAUAACAUCUGGACUGAGGGAGGACCUCCCACACAAACUGGCUGGCAUGCUACGUGGGGAGCAACGACGCUGCGUGGCCAAUAGGGAAUACUUUGAACAAAUCGAUGGAACAAGAACUGUUCACCUAGUUCAUGAGACGUUGUGUUUGGAUGAUUGGCGUUGUCUGCCCAUGUCCCUCAAAAUGGUGGAGGUCGGAUGUGUGCAAGUUCUAGCAGCCAUGACUCGUGGCUUCACCGUUAACACUUGUCUUGCUCGACUCGAUAUUGUCGGCUUUGUGGUACGCUCACUCAUGCGUGCUAAGGUCAGACGGGGGUCAAAGGUGACAGACGCCAGCGGAGGUCAAGGAAACCAAGAACACAAGGAUUUUCUAGUGACGGAACUGGUCAAGGCUAGCCUUAAGUUUAUGAUAGGGAUUCAAGAUCGGAAGCCACUACAGGAAGAGGUGGUCUCCAACUCUGUGUUCCUGGAGCAGUUGAUUAAUCUCCUUCACUCUCCCUCCAUUACAACGGUCGAGGCUCAGAACAUCAUCUGUGUUAUUGGGGGUGCCCUCUGGUUUAGUGAUGGUAGAAGAUGGAUCACUAACAAAUCUUAUAUACUUGAGUGGAUAUCGGAGGCAGUAAAGGCUCGCAGGAAGAUUGACACUGACAACGAGAAAGAGCUUAUUUUGUUUGAGUUCUUGGUGCAGACCCUCCUAUCGUCAGUAGUACUCACCGCCACAUUUCAAAUAUCCCGUCGCUUGUACGACAAACUGUUGCACCACUUGAAAGGUUUCCUCGCUCAAGUCGCCCCAACUGACGUGAUCUCAGAUAGAGACUUAUUCAACGGGUCCCCUCUUGGUCUCUACCCUAUCAAGAACGCCCUCAAGCUUCUCUACCCUUAUCAGGACGAAAACGUGGACAAGAAACACUACAAAGACGACAUCCCGAUGUUGGACCGUCUUCGAGAGUCGAGUAUGGAAUCCGUUAUAUUUCUUUUACAAGUGCUUCUGCGAGUUAGCUCAAGCGAAGUUUUGCGAGAAGUUACAUUCUUUGUGUUAACGGAUUUCAUUGUCUGUUUGCCAUCUUAUGUACCACCCAGACUGAAAGAAAAAAGUAAGAAGCUAAUUCGAACAAUGUUUAGCGAUGAUGCGACACCUAUACCCAGUUUGGAAGGAAUAGCUCGAGCGUUUUUGGCGAAGUAUUAUUUCGGCUUGCAGAAUAUUUUGGGACGAAAUGUAGAGGAUAUUUCUGUGGGAGUGAGGCCUUCCUCUAAGAAUUUGGAUUUGCCUCACAUUAAGCCCAAGCCACCAACCCCUCUUUACCUAGUGAAGGUUCCUGGAUGACGGACGGAUGACUCGAUUGAAUUCAUCGUAGCAACAAAACUAUUUAUAAUGUUACACAUGCACUUUGAUUCCUGCUCUACUGUAUUCAUCAUAGCAACAAAACUAUGAACACUUUAAAUGCUUCCUGUCACAGUAGCAACAAAACUAUGAGAAAACUCUCUUUAUGUCAAUAUGUGCCAUAAUUAUUCUUUUGUUGCCAUUCAAGUGUAUAACAUGUUUAUAAUAAAUAUUAUGGUAAAAGUUAAAAAUAAUGA